GUGCAAAAAUGGCGUUGCUGAAACUGCUUCUCUAUUCAUUUUUAUUUCUCCAAAUUUUCUCAACAAUUUCAUCAAAUGGAGUUGCUGAUUCAGAACCAAUUGUUGAUUCAGAUGCAGAUUCAUCUAUCAGACUCCAACUUGACCAACUCAACUCCAAAAUUUCCCUUUUAGAGUCGCGUAUUGACGACAGUACUCGUGAACUGAGGACAAAGGAUGAGAGAAUCAAAGAGCUGGAGAAUACGGUUGACUUGAAAUUAGCCAAAUUGGCUUCUCUACAAAGUGAACUUCAGUUAUUUCAGGAUAAAGGUUCCCUUAAUGCAAAAGAGCUGGUUGCGAAGGCUAAUGUUCGUGCCACUGAACUUGAACGCCAGAUAGAUGCUCUUAGAAGGGAAACAGAAGCACAAAACAAGAAGAAAAAUAUUCUUGAAGUCAGUACAAAUGAAGCAGAGGAGAAAAUACAGGAACUGAAUCUAAAACUUGAAAGUCUACAACGGAUAAAUGAGGAGCAGAAUGCUAGGAUCCGUAAGACCAAACGUGCUCUUCAAGUGGCAGAGGAAGAAAUGAUGAAGGCUAAAUUGGAGGCUUCUUCUGUUUCUGAGCAGCUUGAGCAGGUUAAAGAAGGAUGGCUUCCACCUUGGCUUGCCGUUCAUCUUGUACAUUUUCGGUCAAUUGUUAUGACUUACUGGAAUGAGCACGGAAGACCAUCUUUGGAUCUGACCUUAAAAAAGGCCCUGGAGACCAAAUCUGAAGUAGUAAAGAUGGCGAAGCCUCAUAUUCACUCAUUUAAAACAGUAUGGAUCCCAGCUAUGAAAGAGCGCUCAGUGGAAUUUGCUCGUGAUGCCGGGCCUCAUAUACAGAGGCUCAAGACUAAGAGUAUUCACCUUUAUCACGAAUCCAAGAAGUUUAUGGAACCUCAUAUUGUGAAUGCACAGGAGGUCAUCCAACCCUACGUCAAGGAAGUUAGGAAAGUCGCAGACCCUUAUGUUGACCAAGUUUCACUGGUGAUGAAACCUCAUAUUGACAAAGCAAGGAUUCUCUUGCAACCUUACACCAAGAAAGUUCAUCAUCAUUAUAGGAAGGUCAAGAAAACUGUCAGUUUAUAUCAUCACCAGGCAUGAUAAAAUAUACAUCACAUGUUGAAGAAUCACCACAUCACCAAGCCAUAUGCUACAAAGGAGUUGGCUUGGUAUCUGGCUUCAGCUUUGCUGGCUUUACCUGUGAUCUUUCUUCUAAAUUUGAUAUCAGAUUUUAGGUGCAGUAAGAAGCCAAAGAAGCAUUCACAUAGACACCAUACAAGCCACACACGUCGCAGGGCUAAAAGAGCACAUCCUGACAAAUGAAGUUCUAUGCGACCACUCUAUAUAUUCCAAUUGAAUUGAAGAUCACAUGUUUCAGUCCCCCGCGCACUGCAAUAUCCAGGGGGUUGGAUGCCCUGGUUCUUGAGAUGCUAAACACAACAUCCAGAGAUUUUGGAUAACGAAACGGUGUACUCAAUUUUCUUGGAGAGAAAACAUAGGGAUUUAGCCAAUUUAAUACAUAAUCUAUAGAUUGGAGGAUUUAAGCUUACUCUGAUGCCUCCUCCUUUGUGUUGUGUAAUGACAAUGUAUCUUU